UUUUUAUUUUCGUUGCUUCAAAGAAAUAUUAUUUUUAUCGACUUUUAAUUUUAUAAUUUAUUUUAUUUUUUGAGUUUUUUAAUUUUAUUAGUUAACUCGCAAAUUAAUGCGUUAUAUCAGGCAAUCGAGUAAAAUAAUCCAAUUACAGUUUCGAACAUUUUUAGAAACUAAUAAUUUAGUGAAAUUGUAAAUUAAUUGUACGAAUUAACUGACUAGGUUUAAUUGUUAAUAUUUAUAAGUAAUUGAGGACUAUUUUUGUAAAGAAGACGAACCGGAAAAAUGGUGCUGCGACUACUUAUCCUCAUUAUCUCAUUAUCAACUUCAUCAGCCGAGCAGCGAAGACAAUUAUCAGCCGAUGAAGAAAAGUGCAAUGAAGAAAAUCCUGGUUUACGAAACGGAUUUUUUUGGAUUGAUUAUUUAGUACUCGCAGUAAUGUUGUUAGUAUCAUGUUUAAUUGGUACAUUUUAUGGUUUUUUUUCAAAAAAACAAAAAACAAGUAAGGACUUUUUACUCGGUGGUUCAAAUAUUGGUACAAUACCAAUGGCGAUGUCUUUGGCGGCUAGUUUUAUAACUGCCAUUGAAUUACUGGGGAAUCCUGCUGAAAUGUAUAGUCAUGGUACACAAUUUUGGAUGACUUGUGUUGCGUUCGUCCUCGUCGUACCAAUAACAUCAAAACUCUACUUGCCUGUGUUUAUGAAAUUGAGAUUAACUUCGACGUAUGAAUACCUGAAUUUGCGAUUUAAUCGCCACUGUAGAUUGUUUGCAAGUGGAUUGUACAUGUUACAAAUGAUUUUGUAUUCAUCGGUAGCAGUUUAUGCGCCAGCAUUAGCUUUAAGUCACGUUACUGGCUUGGAUACUUAUCUUGCCGUGGCUCUAGUCUACGUAGUUUGUAUCUUCUAUGCAUCACAAGGUGGAAUGAAGGCUGUUAUAAUGACAGAUACUUUCCAAGGAAUUGUCUUACUGAUCUCCCUCUUUGUUGUCGUGAGCAUGGGGAUGACUUUACAGGGUGGAAUAUCUAAAGUCUGGCAGGAUAAUUUGGAAACAGACAGGAUUGAAUUUUUCAAUCUCGAUCCACGUCCUACUGUUAGACACAGCUUCUGGAGUGUUGUCAUCGGUGGUACGUUCUACUGGGUGACUAUGUUUUGUAGUAAUCAAGCUUCCGUCCAAAAAUACCUGAGUGUACAAGCAACUGGUCAAGUUAAUACAGCACUUUGGGUAUCGUCAUUAGCACUAAUUCUUAUUUAUAGCAUUAACUUUCUCACCGGCAUGAUACUGUACAGUGCAAAUAAAGGUUGCGAUCCAUUAAACGCUGGGUACAUCACCGGCCAGGAUCAACUACUACCGCUUUAUGUUAUGAAUUUUUUGGGUGAUUAUCCAGGAAUACCUGGACUCUUUGUUGCUGGAAUUUUCGCAGCUUCUCUUGGUACCGUAGCAAGUGCUCUUAAUUCACUGGCUGCAAUAACAUGUGAAGAUAUAUUUCAAGGAAUAAUGAAUAUGCAAGUACCUGCGAAGAAAGGAGCUGCUUAUGCAAGAUGGAUUAGUAUUUUCUUUGGAAUAUUUAGUUUUGCAUUUGUUUUUGUCGUUGAAAGAUUAGGUGGAGUUUUAGAGGUUGCUUUGUCAUUUAAUGGUAUGGUUGGUGGUGUCACACUCGGAAUGUUUUCUUUGGGAAUGUUUGUACCAUGGGCAAAUGCAAAAGGCGCAUUAACUGGCGCAAUUACUGCUUUUUUACUUGUGCUAUGGAUUGGUUUAGGCGCACAAAUAGCAACCUUCAAUGGCUUGAUAAAUGUUGAAAACAAAAAAGUAUCUGUUGAUUAUUGUCCUUGUAUCAAUGAAACCCUUUACGAUCAAAAUAUUAGUGACGAUUAUUAUGAAAAUAAUGAAGUCUGGUCCCUAUAUAAAAUAAGUUAUUUAUGGUACAGCAUGAUUGGAUGCUGCGUAACAGUAUUGAUUGGAAGUCUUGUCAGUUUUAUGACAGAGCCCCAAGACGUUGCUGCAUUGGAUAAAAAUUUACUGAGUCCAGUAACUAAAUACUUUAUCGGUAAUUCACCUUCAACACCAAUAAAAAAUAUACCAUCAAACAAUAAUAAUAUUCAGGGUAUUACUAAUUUAGCCCUAGAAUUUGAAGAUGAAAAAUUCAACCAAGCGGUUAACAAGAAUCCAAAAUAAUCUGCUAGAAAUUUUAAAUCAAAUUCCUGGCUCAGCAUUAUCAUCUCAGGAUUGUCAGGAACUUGUUGACUAAAAAUUAUUUCUACACAUGAAGGUUUAUAAAAUAAGCAUGACAGUUUUUUAAUCAUCCAAAUCAGAUAUAAUUAUUUUAUAUAUU